AUGCCUGCAACCGCAACGGCCCUGGACCCAGCAACCACCGUGCCAACCACACUGCCAGCAGAACCUGCACCCACCACGUCAACUGUGCCAGCACCCACCACGCCAACCACAUCUGCACCCACAACAGCACCAGCACUGCCAUCAGCACCC